AUGACAAAUGUGCUUUCAUCAGAUAAUCUUUUGAUCUUUGAAAGAAUAGAGACAGCAUUGACAGAAGUAGUGGAACACGAGGCUGUUAUUAAGGAUAUUCUUUUAGAUUUAGGUAAUAUUGUAAAGAAAGCAGGUGAAUCGAAAUCAUAUAGACAUGAACUUGCUUCUCAUAACGAUAUAUGGGAUAUAAUCGCGGAAUCAGUUGCACGCUCAUUCAAUGUGACUUAUACAGAACCGCUAUUGACGUGGUAUAUCAGAGUCUUCCGGGGUGUCUUAUUGUUAGCAAGGAAUUGCACUCCAGAGAAGGCGCUAGGACCCAGCUUAAUUUUACACAGCUUGAGAAUAUUCGAUGAAAGCGUAUCUAGAGAACAUGACUUCUAUGAUAAAACUGUGGUCGUUUACUUUGAGCUACUUGCCAAUAUAAGUCAAGUACUGGACUAUAAGAGGGAUGUGAAUGAACUAGCAUCAAUCAUAUUUGACUCUGGAAGCAAUGCAUUGAAUACUGGACCUCUUAUCAUCCGCUUGACAGAAAUAGAUGAGCUAGUGUUCCCUUUUCUUGUAUUUCUUGAAAGUUUUCUAGAUUCUGAAGUUAUCGGUGAUAUACUAACUUCAGAAAGAUGCUUUGAUAUAGUGGGUAUUUUAUUCGAGAGAUUCCAAUUGUUGAACAUUGAAAGCAUAAGCGGCCCCGAUAGAAUCCUAAUAAGGAUACUUCAAAAAAUAAUAUGUCACGAGAGUUUUCAGAAAUAUGUUAACAAGAUAGGCCAUGGCUCCAAAACUUUCAGAAAGAUACUAAAGUCAUGCCAACUAAUUGUGACAUCCAAAGAGGACUGGGAUAAUUACGAAAUUGUUGCAUUACUAACUUGGAUCUAUGACCUUUUCAAGGAAUUUUCAGUCAAAGCAGAGGCGCUACUUUUAGGUACCAGCUUUGAUGUGAUCGAAAUUUCAAAUAACCACGCCGUAGUCCUUGCACUCUUAGAUUGUUUAAGCCAUUUGGGAAAGUAUCACGCGGGAAAACAAUAUCUCACCCAUUACGAUGCGAUUCCUUUUCUAACACGCUUACUAGGAGUAGUCCAUAAAAGCAUUGAAAGAAAGACACUCAAAAAAACACCACCUAAUGAUAUGUCACUAGAGAAACCCCAAGAGAAAAAGCUUUAUCCCGAAGUGAAAUCAAUCAUAAUUGAAAUUCUUGCUUAUUUGGCACAUGAUUCAUUUGAAAACCAAGAAAAGAUAAGAAAGAACCAUGGCUUAGAAUUAGUCUUGUCGAAUUGUUCCAUUGAUGACAACGAGCCAUUCAUAAAAGAAAGAGCAAUUGUUUGUCUUAAGUUCUUACUUGCAAAUAAUACGAAAAAUCAGGAAUUGGUUGCUUCUUUAGAAGCAAAAGGCGUAUUUGAUCAAGAGACAAUUAAAGAUAUGGGUUAUGAGGCAGAAAUAGUUGAUGGGAAGGUAAAACUAAAAGAAGCACGAGAACAAAAUUAG